AUGUUGUCGGGGUCUUCCCUCUGCCGAAAUGCGCCGCGUGCGCUCGCCGCUGGUCGUCGGUCCAUGGCCUCGGCUGCCAACCCUGCCUUCCAGUACGAAGUCACUGAGGCCUCCGGUGUGAAGGUCGCCAACCGUGAGGUUGAGGGCCCUACCGGUACCCUCGCCCUGGUCGCGAAGGCUGGCUCCCGUUACCAGCCCUUCCCUGGCUUCUCCGAUGCUCUCGAGCGUUUCGCCUUCAAGACUACCCUCAAGCGUUCCGCACUGCGGAUCACCCGGGAGAGUGAACUGCUGGGCGGUGAAAUCUCAUCGACACACUCGCGCGAAAACGUCGUCCUCCGCACCAAGUUCCUCGCCAAGGACCUCCCCUACUUCACAGAGCUGCUGGCUGAGGUUGCCGGUCAGACCAAGUUCGCUGACCACGAAUUGAACGAGGUUGUCAGCAAGCUCCUCAAGUACAAGCAGCAGAUCGUCCACUCCAACCCUGAGACUGUUGCCGUUGAUGCCGCUCACGGCGUUGCCUUCCACCGCGGUCUGGGUGCCCCCAUCACCCCCUCCCAGACUUCUCCUUACGAGAAGUACCUCUCCGGCGAUGCUCUGGCCGAGUUCGCCCAGAAUGCCUACGCCAAGUCCAACGUCGCUCUCGUCGCCAGCGGCCCCAACUCCGCUGAGCUCUCCAAGUGGGUUGGCCAGUUCUUCAAGGACCUCCCCACUGGCAACGCUUCCAGCCAGUACAAUGUUCUGCCCACCGUCGCCACCAAGUACUUCGGUGGUGAGCAGCGCAUUGCCUCCAAGACCGGCAACGCUGUCGUAAUUGCCUUCCCCGGCUCCAGCGCCUUCGGUACCGCCGGCUACAAGCCCGAGGCUGCCGUCCUUGCUGCCCUCCUGGGUGGUGAGUCCACCAUCAAGUGGACCCCUGGCUUCUCUCUCCUGUCCCAGGCCACCAAGGGCUUCUCCCAGCUCCGUGUCAACACCCAGAACAACGCCUACUCCGAUGCCGGUCUGUUCACCGUUACCCUGUCCGGCCAGGCCGACCAGGUUGGCGCCGCCAGCAAGAACGUCGUCGACGCCCUCAAGAAGGCCGCCGCCGGUGAGGUCGCCAGCGAGGACAUCAAGAAGGCCGUUGCCCUUGCCAAGUUCCGCGCUCUGGAGUCCGUUCAGACCCUCGAGACCGGUCUUGAGGCCACCGGCUCCGGCCUCGUCCACGGCUACAAGCCCUACCAGAUCAACGAAGUUGCCCAGGCUCUCGAGAAUGUCUCUGAGCAGCAGGUCAAGGAGGUCGCCAAGACUUUCCUAUCUGGCAAGGCUACCCUCGUCAGCGUUGGUGAUGUCUUCCAGCUUCCCUAUGCCGAGGACCUCGGUCUGACUGUUUAA